GACCUAAGUCAGUCAUUCAGACUCUUUGUCCUGACAGAAACAAGCCUCCUAAGGUUAAAUGCUCUGCUAGCAAGCUAACUGUUUAUUGACCAAGCUACUAAGCCAAAAUGAGUUUAGACACACUUUUUCAACAAAUUCUUUUAACUGAGCAACAGUUAGCAGAACAGACACAAAAAAUCAAGGAUGUCAAAGUAGCCAUCAUCAGAUGCAAUGAGAAGAUAAAGAGUGUCACUGAGCAGUAUGGAAAGAACAAAGAGGAACUUGAUGAAAAGGCUCAGCAGUUGUCUGCAAUGAGGCUGCGGUGUGACCUGGCAAAGAAAUAUGAGAACCAGAUGUUAAAGCAAAUUGAAGAGCUGCUCUGUCAGAAGAGCCACCUCAGGGAUCAUCUAACCAAGAUAAAGAUGGUGGCUAAAGAAGAGGAGGAAAACUUCCUUCAAGAGAUCUCGAGGUUUAACAGUGACUUCAGUCUUAAGGCGAACAGAGAAACAGUCUUCAAGAACCAAACUCACACUGUGCUCCUGGAUCUGGGGAAGGAGGUGGAAUCGAUACACAAAGGUCGUAAAACACUUUGCUGUAGUGUUUUCAGGGAAGACAGAGGUUACAUGAAACAGAUAUGGUGGCUAAAGAAGAGGAGGAAAACUUCCUUCAAGAGAUCUCGAGGUUUAACAGUGACUUCAGUCUUAAGGCGAACAGAGAAACAGUCUUCAAGAACCAAACUCACACUGUGCUCCUGGAUCUGGGGAAGGAGGUGGAAUCGAUACACAAAGGAGUUGAUGAGCUGCACAAACAGUCACAUGAGCUCCGUUGCUGAAGAGAAGAGAGCACUCCUGCUUGAACUACAGAGUCUGAAUGAUAUCGACGAAGACCUGGAUCGGCAGCUGAGUGAGGCUGAAGCAAUGACAGGAUCUCUGAGAUCGGAGAGUCAGUUUGUCAGUCAGAAACCUCUCGCUGACAGCUCCUGUCUGAGGCUGAGGAAGGAGCUGGAGAUGCACAAAGAAGGACAACUUGAGCAUCUAAGCUCAGAAAUUCAAUUCCUGCAGUCAAAGCUGGACCGCAGCCAAGGGGCUGAGAAGUGUUAGGUUAGGCACACUGAUAAUUUGCAAAGUUUAUCUUGUUUGUCUUACGUUCAAAAACAAAGACGCUGAUUUACAGACGGUUCGUUUCUGCUUCCCUGCUUUCUUUAUCUCCUAAGAGUCUUAACUAAGCCCUGGAUAAUAUUUGUUUUUCUAUUUGUGGAUUGAAUAUUUUCUUUCUGUUGGUUUUUACACUUUCGUGCCCAUUUUUGAGAUAGUCAGAAACCCCCCUCCCAAAAAAAACAGGUUUAUUAAAAUGUAUGAAUCCUU